AUGGAACAAAAUUUGAAAAAUUUAAUUAAAGAGGAAAUUUUGGAUGAUAGCGAUUUAGAUGAAAGCACAGGACAUAUUAAAUUGGAACAAAUUUUAGUUAAGAAUGAUGAUUCGAAUGAACAACAAAAUAGUGAGAAAAUUUAUAAAUUUGAAGAACACUUAGUUAAAACUGAAAUAAUUGAUGAAAAUUAUAAAAUUAAUCCAGAACACAUUAUAAUUGAACCAGAAUUACCAAUAAAUUGUGAAAUUGAAAAUCCAUUUCCAUUUCAUACAGAAGAAAGUGUCCAAAAGUUAGAUGAAUCAUUUUCAUGUGAUCUUUGUGAUAAAAAAUAUGUUGAAAAACGUGAUUUAAUUCAUCAUAAACGGGUUCAUUCUGGAGAAAGACCUUAUACUUGUGAUUUAUGUGAUAAAACAUUUACAAUUAAAAGAUAUUUAAUCGAACAUAAAGAACUGCAUAGUAACGAAAAAUCAUUUUCAUGUGACCAAUGUGAUCUGAAAUUUAUCGUGAAAAAAUACUUAAGAAAACAUAAACGUGAAUAUCAUGGAGAAAAACGUUUUUCAUGUGAUGUUUGUGACAAAAAAUUUACGGUUAAUCGGUUUUUAACUAUGCAUAAACGAAUUCACACUGGAGACAAACCGUAUUCCUGUGAUUUAUGCGAUAAAAAAUUCACAUUACAUAGUAAUUUAAUUGGUCACAGACAAACGCAUACUGGAACACAAAGAGUUCGACCGAAAAAAUUUACAUGUGACAUUUGUGAAUCCUCUUUUAUCUCGAAUCAUCGAUUAAUUGAACAUAAAAACAUUCAUACGGGUAAAAAACCGUAUUCAUGUGAUGUCUGUGAUAAAAAAUUUACAUGGAAACAUAUUUUACGUCGUCAUAAGCUUGUUCAUACGGGUGAAAAACCUUUCACAUGUGAUAUUUGUGGUAAAACAUUUCGGGCAGCUGGUACUUUAGUUACACAUAAACGAACUCAUACGGGUGAGAAGCCGUAUGUUUGCGAAAUUUGCGCGAAGGCAUUUACUCAACAUACAAGUUUAGUUGUACAUAGACGAGUUCAUACGGGUGAAAAACCUUAUUCCUGUAAUGUUUGUGAGAAAACAUUUACGUAUCAAAAUUCGUUAAUGAUGCAUAAAAAAAUUCAUGAUUCUUCUCAUUCAAAUUCUGAGUUUGAUUUCGGUUCAGUUUCAGAUCUUGAGUUAAAUUAUUAGGGUCUUUUACUUUUUUGAAAAAAAAUUUAAAAAUAAUAUAUUGAGAUAGCUUAGGCCAAUAGCAGUCGGAAAAUGUUAGUUCAGAAAAUAAAAAAAUUGUAUUUUAAAAUGAAAUUCAACGUUUUCAGUUUUUUAAGUCUGUUUUUUAACUGCAACGAAACAGUAGCCGCCAUGGUAUUACGUCAUGUGGCUGUGUAAUCUAAAAAGUAUAAAUUAUUUAAACAAUUAUACAAAAUAUCAAUGCAUUUGCUUACACAGCCAAAUGACGCCAAAACAUAGACAUUAUAGUACAUAGACUAAGCAUCGCCUAUCGUUCCGUACAGUGAGAGUUGUGCCAACAUCUCAGGUAAUUAGCUAGGGACAUUUAUCAAAAAAGUAUAUACAAGUGAAUAUAGGGAUAUUUAUCAAAAAAAACAUACAUUGAAUGAACUUUUUCGCUUUUUGACUUAAAAAAAUACUUAUAACGUAUCACUUGACUUAAGCAUUUACUUCAGACGUUGGCACGCUUAAAAUCGUUUGACGCUCAGUCCAUGUAACUAUAAUGUCAAUGCGUCAUAACC